ACAGAGAAGACGACUAUUCUAUCCACUACAGACACCAGAAAUAGGUAAAUGCUGGCACAUGUGGGAAGGCCACUGUCAAAGAUACCUCAAGCAGAUGGGCAAACUCCUGUUCCUUAUGACGAGAUGCGUUCUACUCCCAAUAUUUACAAUUAUCAAGGAGUCGUGAAUGAAGAUUACAACAUUGCUAGUACACCAGCUCCAAAUGACUUACAGGCACCUACUCUUGCUAUUGGAGUUCAUAAUGAUGUUGGAGACGAUGAAGAUGAAGAUGAGCUACCGUUGAAUGAAAAUGAUGAUGAUGAGGAUGAUGUAGAUGAGGGAGAGGAGGUAAAUACUCAGCACCUAGUUCUAGCUCAAUUUGACAAGAUGACAGUUGCUUCAGGAUGACAAUGAUGAUCUGCCUUGGACCUAUCAUAUUUUGUUCAGGUAGAAACUAUGUUUUCAGUUUGUGUUUUUGUGUGGAUAGGUGACACGGACGAAGAGCAGGUGGAAGUGCACACUUGAGGAUGGCAUAAUGCAUAUAAACAAUAAGGAUAUCCUUUUCAGUAAGGUCAGG